AUGUUAGGUUUCCUUUUGAGAUCCCUAGUGACAUAAAUAUGGUUAUCUUCUCAAAAAAAUGAGCAGCAAGAAAGAUGAUGAAACCUACAUCAAAAUCAAUUCAGAGAGUUGGUCGUUUCUUAAAGAAGACUCUUGGGAGCAUCAAGUCCACUAUCUGCUCUAGUGAUUACAAAAACUUACCUAACGACACUCCUCUCUUGAGCCCUUACUCCUGCAGCCGCCGCUGUCCAGAAGAUUCCCAAACCCAAACCAAAGAAAGCUACACCGUUAUCUGUUGUGACACGGCUGUGGCAGAUACAACACACCAGAAGAGUCUCAACAACCAACAUAAAAAGAAACCGAAGAAAGUCGCUGAGCCAUUCGAGGAUGCAAAGAAAAGAGGUGACGCGUUGGCGCAAAAGAUGAAAGAUCUCAAUAUGGUGGAUCUGAGAGACGUGGAUCACGCAUUGGAUGUAAGGGAAGCGCUUCGAUGCUAUUCAAGCAUCAGAAGUCCUGUGUAUCUUGACAUUGUUGACAAUUUCUUCACAGACAUGUAUUACGAGUUCUCUGAUCCUCGUACCUCUGCUAAGAUCAACGGUUCAAGGAGAAAGGCAGGCUCCUUCAGGCUUUAAAGUUCCUCUGGAUCAGCUUUGCUUUCACGGGCUAUCUGUAGUUCUUUCAUCUAUAGAGUAUGCACUUCUUAAGAACAGUGUUAACCAUUACACACACCGCUUUGGUAAAAUCACCUGUCACCACCCUCAGUUUCUACCUCAUCUUGUAGAGUCAAGUUACGCUCCUAUUCUCAACUACUAUCAAUGCAACAUAUUUUCCACUU